AUGCAGGCAGAGAACAGGAAACCUCCUGAGUGUGUUCUUUGUUUGGAUUCUGAAUGUGUUCGAUUGAAAUUAAGAAAUUGUGGUCAUGUUGCAUGUAUAUCUUGCCUCAUACUCCACUUCCAGGGUGAGAUCCAAUUAAGGUCCCGGGUUAGGAUCAGAUGUCUGGUGGACGAUUGUCCGAAAAAAAUUCAUGAAAACGAUGUGAAUGUCGUACUGGAUGAUCAGAAUGCAAGCUUGGAUUCUGUGAUGUCUUGUGAACAACGACAAUGGCUGCAGUAUUGUCAUAACAAAGACAAUAUUAUAAUGGGACUAGCUGGUCCAGACCCUGGCAACCAAAUGAGAUUGAUCCGACGUUGUCCUACCUGUAGGACGAUUUACUACAAACGAGAAGGCUGCAACAACGUACGAUGUGCGAAUUCACGAUGUAACACUCAAUUUUGUUGGGAAUGUGGCAAGCCUACCAGAGGUUUCAGUCAUUUCGCGGGAAAUGACAAAUGUAUGCUUUCUACGGAUGAUAUGGAAAGAGGGUUUUUUUUAUUCCGAUUAGCUCGAGAUGUUUAUCCAUUUGGGGUAUUUUUCGGCAUCCCUGUCAUGUUCUUCUUGUUAUUUAUAAUAUGCCCGUUCGUGCUGAUUUUUCUGUUCCCAUAUAGCUGCUGUGAUCAUAUGAUCAAGAAGUCCACAAGCAGUUCACAGUACCUGACCGAAUCGGAACGCAUACUGAUGACUGUCAAGGUCCUAACAAUUGGGACCCUAGCUAUACCAACAGGAAUAGUAUUAUCCAUUGGUUUCAUCUUAACCGCAGCAGUAUUAUUCUUUGCUUACAUAUUAUUCUACUUACUCAAAUUGACACCAAUGAGCAAUAAGAUCUUAGAUCGAUAUGACCGCUUCGUACCUUUCGCUAAAUAUAUGGGGGUUAUGAGAUACAAGCACAUGCUGAAAGAUGUCCGAGAAGCUCGAAGACUUGAGAAAGAUCGCAAGUUUGACGAAAAGGAACGAGAUAAAGAAGAACAAAAAGGAAAACUGAUAGUCUAUGAUGAUAGAUCGUUCAAUAACUGCAAUAUCGUCAAUGAAAAGCAAGAAGGUCGCACAGAUUUUAUAAUUUGA